AUGGAACUGGGUACCAUGUGUUUAGAAGCCUCUCGCCACUCAUUCCAUCUCCAGAAUCCAACAUCACCGUCGUCAAACUCGAGCACGGACUCAAGUUCUCCGCUCAUUCGGAAUUUGGCCUUCCGGACAACUUUACGGUUGUGGGCAACUCGACAACGUCCGAUUCAGAAGGUGUUCGCAUUGAAAUACAUCAGAUUAUUACGUUGCAUAACAAGAACGAAGGUUGCCCCGAACCUUCCGAGUCUCUGAAGACGUUGUCUACUUGUUUCUAGGCCAACAAAGUGUGCUUUCAGAUGCGCCGCGACAGCGAAGGAGCAAUACAAACGGUGAGGUAUUUGAAGGCUGUCGAGCAGUCGAAACAACUUUAUGCGUUUGAAGGUGAAAGUGAAAGCGGAGAAGAAGAAGAAGACGACGACGACGACGACGACGACCACAACAAGAAGCAUCACAAAAAAGAAGACGACAGUGAUGAAGAAGACGAAGAAGAAGGUGACGACGAGAAAAGUGAAGAAGACGACAAGGAAAAUGACGACGAAGAAGGCAAAAACUACAACAACAACAACAACAACACUACCACCCCGUCAAAUCACACAGAACAAAGUGCCCGAUCAGGUAAAUGAUCGGAAAUGUUCUGAAACCAAAGACCACCCAGACUUCCUUUCGUUCACGUAUUCAGUCGUGAAGGAACAUAUCCAGUUUCUCGUAUCAACUAUUACUAAUUGAUGAAACCCGAGAAGACCAAUCCAAUCACAUUUUCACACAUUUUCAGCGAAACCCGCAGGACAUUCAAGCGCCGCCCCGGACGCCGACAACUCGACGAACAUUCGUCAUGUACGACUAUGAGGACUACGAGACGGACGAGCGGGAAUUGAAAAAAGAGCCGAAAGAGCAUCAUGAUUCUUGA